AUUGUAGUCUUUUUCCUUGAUUCUACCUGUUUGUAAAUGUACAUCAUUUAAAAAUGUUACCAACUUUGAGAAAAUAAGAUCAAUAAAUCUGCAUUGUAUGCACCUUUUCAAACGUUCAAUAAAAGUUCAGUAAAAAGAAGAAAGAAGAAAGAUUAAAGUACAUAUUAUGAGAUCGAAGAUGAGCACAAAGUUUGAAUUUUCAAGAUUUGAAUCGCCACCAAAAAUCCACUGUUGGGGGAACACUCGGAAUCGGAACGCACCCCCACAAUAGAAAAACGAAACAAAAUGCAGUACAAGAUGGCUGCGUUUGGGUGUUGUGGCUACUGAUUUGUGUAAGAUAUAAUCCUGUAAUACUCGAUGGUUAAUUUGCAGUAAAUCGUUAAAUUUGUAUAUCGGUUGUUGAUCAACGUAAGCGGGGUGAUAUCGUAUGUAGCUUGUACAUGUGGAAGUGAGUCGUGUUGGGAGGAACAAUGCGAACACAUCGUUGAAACAUUUAUCACGGUUCAGGGGGUGGAUGAUAGGAAUUUACUGAAAGUCCAAGAUAGAAGCCACUCGAAACACUGGAGAAAGACGGUGGAGCUUCGGAGGAGGGGGAGAUGUCUGCCGGCACCCAGGGCGAGAUUCGGGUUGGCCCUUCGCACCAGGAGUUGGUUUCUUGUCAGGCCCGUUUGCCUGAGUAUCGGCCGGGUAUACCUCCUGGAGAGCUGCUUCCUGAUCCAGAGUUUUCUAAAGAACGAGAAGAGCUAAGAUGGAUUCCAGCUAUGGCAUUAGACGGGGAUCUUCUGAUGUACUUGAGAGCGGCACGAUCUAUGGCUGCAUUUGCUGGCAUGUGUGAUGGUGGAUCCCCAGAUGACGGUUGUGUGGCUGCAUCCCGAGACGACACGACUAUCAAUGCUCUGGACAUCUUGCACGACUCUGGCUAUGACCCAGGAAGAGCAUUGCAGGCUCUCGUUAAAUGUCCCGUACCUAAAGGCAUCGAUAAAAAAUGGUCUGAGGAGGAAACUAAACGCUUCGUCAAAGGACUCCGGCAAUUCGGAAAGAACUUUUCGAGAAUCAGAAAGGAUCUUUUACCCCACAAAGACACGCCGGAAUUGGUGGAGUUCUAUUACUUGUGGAAGAAAACACCCGGUGCAAAUAAUAAUCGACCUCAUCGAAGACGACGACAAGGCUCGCUCAGACGGAUUCGUAACACACGCAACUCGAGGGCCGGUACACCCAAAGAAGAGGUUCCUACUCCGCCAAAGGAUACGCCACCGGCCAGCGUCAGUCAGAAGGAGCCGAUUUCAGAGCCCGAAACCGUGCCGGUUGGGACACCUGCCAGCAACAAUCCCGGCGGGGAAAUUAGUUCUGUGACAGAGGACGACAAUUCGGAGGAGGACAGCGAUUCCAGGGAUACUAAUACUAACGGAGCAACGCACUCCUGUCAGCAUUGUUUCUCGACCAAUUCGAAGGACUAUCAGGUAGCCGGCAAGGACAGGUUAUUGCUUUGUACGGAAUGCAGAAUACAUUUGAAGAAAACCGGAGAAUUACCGCCAGCCCCUCCAUACCUGUUCCGCCCAGUGCCCGCGGAAUCACCAGAUAGCCCAGGGAGAAUGCGCACGAGAAACAAGGCCAAGGAAACGCCUAGACCCGCAAGACCUCGACGUACAGGUGGUACGGAUACUCCUGAUCACGAAAAGCAACAACAGCAUCACCAUCAGCAGCAGCAGCAACAACAACAACAACAACAACAACACCAGCAACAACAACAGCAGCAGCAACAAACGCCGGAUAAGAGUAAGAAAAAGACGUCCGGCGGUGGAAAGCCAGAGACACCGAAGAAAGGUCAGAAACGGCCUCAAACGGACGAGGCGGACGAGGACAAGGAGUCUCAGAAACGGAAACGCGGUGAACGCCCUGAGAGUCCUUCCGAAUCACUAACGACCGAUAGUAACUCUCUCAUGGAUGAGCCUGAAAGGGAAGGAGAAGGUGAUACGAACGAAAAUCAAAGCACUCCAGUUACAGUGCCGACCGAGGAGCCUGUCAGUCCGGCCGUAACCACGCCGGAAGAACCUACGGAACCGACGCCGGUGUCCACUCCUAUACCAGCACCUAUACAAACUCUGCCGAUAUCCGUUCCCGUUAUUCACUCUUUGGAGAAGAAGACGCUACUGGAAGACCCGGCGGAAACCAAGGAUCCGAUAGAAGAUGUACCGUUAGCUAUGAAUCAGCCGUUGAAAUUAGAACCCAUGCCGAUAGAGUCAGCCAUGUCUCCGUGCAACGAAGAUACCAAGGAAUCCGAACAGCAGCAGCAACAACAACAACUCAAUUUGAGCACCUCGCAGCCAUUAAACAUGAACGAUAUGAACCAAAGCAUGCCAAGGAAUUUAUCGCAAACGAUACAGACCGGUAACAUCUGCGCGACAACUGGUCUCCAGGGUAUACAGAACGCGCAGAUCAUGUCUCCGACGCAACAGGCACUACCACUGACCAUGCAGUACGCGUCCAACGUUCCCCCCGUUCAAAAUGUACCGCAAAACUUGUCGCAGAGCAUGCAGAUGCCGUCAAAUAUGUCGCAGAACAUGUCGAGCGCGCAAAACAUGGGACCAACACAGAAUAUUCGAGCUCAUGGCGAAAAUAUGUCGAACGGACAAAAUUUGGCUCAGAACAUGGCCCAAUCUUUGUCGCAAAAUCUGCCGGUACCACCACUGAAUUUGAAUAUUUCCCAAAGUAUACCGCCGAACAUGUCUCAGUUACCGCAGAUGUCGAGUUCGCCGCAACCUUUGGGUUUAACGGUAAUGUCUUCCGAGAGCAGAAUUUCUGAACGAAUUGCCGACGACAGACUCGCCCAGGAACGAAUGAGAGACAACAGGAUAUCAGACAGGAUACCGGACAGAAUUUCGGAGCGAUCGAUUACAGAGAACAGCGAGUCCGAAAGAAAUGAACCGAGCAAUCUGUUUCAACCGAUUCAAUCGAGCGGAAUGCUACCUAUGGAAAAACCAUCCUCCAUGUACAAUUUGGCAGGCACGCCGCCUAUGGAGCCGCAAAACUUAAAGAUCAAACAGGAGAUCAUCCCUCCGGAGCCGGAUCCGCUGCAAAGCUUGAAAGAGGUGAAGGUACCCGGGUUUCAGUCUGGCUUUCCUGGUCCGAGUUUAGAAAAUAUCAAAAAGGAUCCGGACAGUUCGAGCAAACCUCCAACGCCGAGCAAACAUUCGAUGGCCAGCAAUCAAGCUGUCCCACAGAUCCAGUCGGUGGCAGCGUCUCCUACACCGACUCUUCCGCCGCCGCCCACAUCGAUCCCUCAGCCGGUGAUGCAUCCGGCGCAGCAACCGAGUCCGCACAUGGCCCAUCCGUUCCACCCUCAUCAUCCUCUGAUGCAUCAUUCGUUGUUCACUCCCAUGCAUCCGUACCAUCCGCACGCGUAUCCGGGAUACGCCGCCGUUGGAGGGUAUCCUUCGUUCCCGCCUUAUCCAUACGGACCGGUGCCGCACGCUAUACCACCGCCGUCGCCGCAGAGAAGCCAGGAGAGCACGACCAUGAUGACGGCACACCAUUCGAGCACCAGCUCGAGCGUGACGACUAGAGAGGAAGGGGAGAACCUGAUCGCCACGCAUCAUCAUUCUUCCAGUAUGCAUCAGGCGACAGCACUGCAUCACGACAAGCUGUUGACCAUUUCGUCGCACAGUUCCCAUAGCCACUCGUCGUCGCAUAGUUCGCACAAUACGCAACGCAAGCCGUCGUUGGUCUCGGCGACGUGUUUAACGUCCAGCAGUUCGGCCCACCAUCAUCACAGGGCACCGCAGCAGCCACCGGUCGCACCGGAACCUAAAAUCGAACCGGAUCUGAUCGAGCAGGAGCAAGAGGAACCGCCGAGCCCGCGGGGCCCUUCUCCGGAGCCAAGGAUCGAGGAUUCCGAGUGUCACAGAUCUCAGUCGGCCAUCUUUCUGCGGCACUGGAACAGGGGCGAGAACAAUUCCUGUACGAGGACGGACUUGAUGUUCAAGCCGGUGCCAGACUCGAAGCUGGCGAGGAAACGGGAAGAGAGGUCUCGGAAGCAGGCCGAACGGGAAAGGGAGGAACGAGACAGAGCCGCGGCCCAGCAGGCGAGGAAGAUGACCACGCCAGAGAAACAACCGGAAGUGUGCAAACCGCCGAGCAGGGGACCCCUCGAACCUGUGGUCUCGCCAUACGAUAGGUACGCGGCCGCGGCCGCGGCUGCAGCUGCUAGGCCCGGCUCCUACGCCGACACUCCUGCUCUUAGACAAUUGUCGGAGUAUGCGCGACCGCAUGCCGCGUUUUCCCCGGCUCGGCAUCCGGCACCGCCGGACCCGAUGCUUCACUACAUGUACGGUGGACCGGCGGCAAGGGAACGCCUCGAAUUGGAGCACUUGGAACGGGAGAAGAGGGAACGCGAGAUCCGAGAGCUGCGCGAAAGAGAAUUGAACGACCGGCUCAAGGAGGAACUGUUGAAAGGAACGCCCAGACCCAUGCCGGGACCAGUCGACCCGCACUGGCUCGAGAUCCAUCGCCGUUACGCCGCGGCGGGGCUAGCGCCCGGACCCUCGGCACCUCCUCAAGCUUUGCACCAGUUCGGCCUCUAUGGGGCACCGCCCGGCCCGAGUCAGCUGGAAAGAGAACGUUUAGAAAGACUAGGGAUACCGACUGCAGCCGGCGGGGGGCCAGCGGGUGCGGGGGCUGGCCAUCCCGUGGCGGCUCAUCACCACGGCCAGCUGGACGAGCGUCUGGCUCUAGCUGCUGACCCGAUGGUCCGGUUGCAGAUGGCUGGCAUUUCGCCCGAGUAUCAUGCUCACACUCACGCGCAUACGCAUGCGCAUACGCACUUGCACUUACAUCCGGGACAGCAGCAGGCCCAGCAACAGGCUCAGCAACAGCAGGAAGCGGCUGCGGCUGCGGCUGCAGCUGGAUUCCCCCUGCCUGCUGCAGCCGGCGCGAAUUAUCCUCGGCCAGGAUUGAUGCCGCGUGAUCCAGGAUUGGCGCUUCAUCCGGCGGAACUUCUUGGAAGACCGUACGCGGACAUGGCAGCUCAUCACGAGCAAUUGCAGCGUCACCUGAUGAUGGAGCGGGAUCGAUUUCAGCCCCAUGCAUCGCUCGUGGCCCAUCACGAAGAAUAUUUAAGACAACAACGCGAGCGCGAGCUCAAAGUUCGCGCACUGGAAGAAGCUGCACGUGGAUCACGCCCUUAGGUGUAAUUGUAUUUAUACUAUCCUAACGAUUAUCCUUCCUAACCCGGAACGCGAACAAUCGUUCUCGUUAGAAUCUCGACCGACGGGAAUUUAACACGACUCGAGUACAAAAGAGAACGAUGAAAACAGAAAAAUGUGUGUAUGGUGGGCAAAGCGUGUUAACGCCGGGUAGAGGAAACAAAGGAAAUGAGACGUAGACCCAACACACAAACGCAAGGAGAGAGAGAGAGAGAGAGAGAGA